CAGACCCAGAGGGACGUGGACCUAUAGCAUGGAGACGCUGCUGCAGCAGCAGAGCAGUUUGCCUCGUAUGAGAUGCAGAAAUGCUCAUGUAAAAAUGAAUCAAAGCUGCAGGCUCCGUGUGCAUGGGGGAGGCUGUUGCCUCUUUUGCAGAAGCUGACGUUGACUGAAGGGAGGAGGUUCUGCCUGUGCCCCUCUGAGCAGAUGUCCAGGCUCACAAGUAGGUUUGUUGGGGGGCUGGGAAGAGGCAGUGCUGAACACUGUCCUCACCUGCACCCUUCUGUAGUCCCUGAGUCUCAUGGCAACUUUUGCUUCAUCCACCUGAUGUGUACAGUGAGUUCCUACAGGGAGCCAAGAGGCUUGGGUGGAGAAUGCACUGUGAAAAGGUCUUCUGUGCUCUGUCAGGAGCAGAAUGUGAGGGGGUUAUUGCAAGACCUGAGCCUGCUGCACCCUAUAUCAGUGCAGCCCAGGGAAGGCUGCUGAUGUGUGCCACUGCCAAGCAAGAUGCCAAACUACUGGGAAAAAAAAAAGAACAAAAAAACUCCACCCAGAAAUAAAGUAAAUCCAUAAUUCAGAAGGUCUUGGGUUUGUAACGUCAGCUAGCCCCGUUCACGUGGAAAAGCAGUGAUGCAUCUGGACAUUAAUGCUGUUUCAUAAGAGCCCCGUGCAGAGUGCUGUGCUGUCGGCCUCUUUGCUUGCUGGUCAAACCCUGAGCGUGCAUGAUGAAGUUGGGGCCCAAAGCUGAAGCAUACAGGGAGCUGCUCUGCUCUUGCUUGUCUGCAGGGGUGACUUUCGUGUCCUGCAGAUCUGCUCCCUGCUGAGCUCUGUCCCCUCGCUGGCAUGCUGCAUCCUUGGCCCUGAGCUGGGGGCAGGUGAGUGACAUCUGUGCAGAGCUGGGGCAGAAGGGGAAGGACCUGUGCUCCUCAGGCUGCAGCUGCCAUGCAGCAUCACAUUACUUCUCUUUUAGUGAGUGUCCGUGUGACAGGGCUUAGUGCAAGUUUCACACACACCCCUUGGCCUCUCCUUGUAUAAAAGUAAUAUAUAUAUAUAUAUAUAUAUUUUUUUUUUUUUCAGAAAGAAAGGUUUCCUCUUUCACCUCCCCCCCCACCCAUCCCUUUAAACUGCAACCCCAUCACUUUCAGGUUCCUGUUGACAGGAAGCAGCCGUGCUGGGCGGCCGGGGCUGCGUGGCGGCAGCCAUCCAGGCUGGAGCUGGAAGCAAACAGUUCCCUGGAUCCCCUCCAGCAGCAGCAUGACUUCCACCUGGGGCUGGGGGUCAGGACCUGCCCUGCUGCUCCUCCUGCUGAGUGCAUAGAGCACAGCCCAUGCCAUGCUCAUCCCAGCCUAUGCCACCGGCCUCAUCUCCAGUACCUGCUGGUGCAGGUGGGAUUUCCUUCCUGAGCCAUUGGGAUCUGAGAAUCUUCCUAUCUCACCUGGUAAUGAAGUUCAGAGCAUUGUCACUAAUGAGCUUGUGCUUCUGCUCAGAAAAAUUAAGUUCAGCACCUCUCCAUAAUGUAAUUCUGUCUUUCAGACAGAAGGUAAAGUUUGUGUCGUGAUUAAAGCUUUAAAGGGCUUUUUCUAAUUGAGAGAAUGCUUCAUCAUUCAUCCCAGAACUUAAAACCAGGCUGUAUGUGCUUGCUGGGCCAGACUUCAUCUGGCUAUUAUAAUAUAUUAGGCACUUUCUUGACCAAAUUUGUGUUGGUUUUAUGGGACUGGCUAUAUUUAACAUUAUUCUUAUCACCUUCAUAACAAAAAAGCAGAAAAAUGGUGAAUAAUUACCCACCCCCAAAGCAAAUCCACUGAGCAAGGAGGUGCUGCUCUUGCCAGGAGGAUUUUUUCCCCUCAUCUUCACUAUGUACUGAAGUGGUGAAGCAUUUAGCAGGCACUACAUUUGGUGCUGACGUGUGGCUGCACACGUGCUUUUGUUGGGCUCUGGGCAGGCACAAAUCUGCAGCACCAGAUGUUGCUGGAGCCGUUCUCAUACGUAACAAAGCUCCUAAUUGCAUUGGAUGCAUUUCCAAGAGCAAGGGAAUCUGCACUCCGUGUUUAAAGGGGUAAUGCAAUAGGGGUUUCUCAUACACCUGUUCCUCUGGCUGCAAGGCAGAAAGGCUGAAGUGAUGCACUGAGAGUGUAAUCUGCAGAGUGAAAGCAAACUGCAGGAGCCUGACCUGGCUCUGCCAGCUCCCCGCAGCCUUACAGAUGUCACUGCCCCUCUCCUUUUCCUUAGGAUGCUGGGCUGGGCUGUGAUGGCCACCAAGCCUUUCCUAGUAUUCACAUUAACAAAGGGAAAUGUGUGUGUAUGAUUUUCUGAAUUAUUUCUCUCCCUCUUUGAUGUUUGUGUACACUGUGAUAGCUGUAGUUUUAGUUUGUCCAACGCUGCCUGUGUUAAGGAGGGGACGUAAACAGUGCUCUGUAUGUGUCCUCCUCUGCUCCCCUUACCAUUAGGAAGGGGGAUCACUUCCUUCCCUUUUACAGAUCUAAGCUGCUACUGAAGCCCUUUCACCACCCUUUUUGGAUCUGGUCUGCCCAUCAGCCUGACUGCUGCCUCACCUCGUUGUCCCCAGUCCUCAUUAGCACAGUCUCCAUCUGAACCUGCACACGGGUGUCUAGACCUCCUUACCUAAUUGCUCAGUGUGUCCCAUCAGCGUGGCUUGUGCUCAUCCAUCACACUGCAGACCUGCAGCUGACCAGCUCUGUAGCCCCAUUCCCAGCCCUGGGAUAUUCUUUGGGCUCUGCUGUACUGGAGGCUUUUGCUUGAUGAUCCCAUUCACUGCCCUGUGCCCUGGGGUGGUAUUUUUCUUGUGUCUCAGUUUUCACUGGAGCAGAAAUCCUGUGUACUUCUUGAGAGCCCUUCUUGCAAGCUGCCUCAUGCCUGUUGUGUUUGGGACCUCCAGGUGUCAUAAACCCUCCUUUUUUCCAUUGCUUUUCAUGAAAUCCUGAAAUCAGGACCUUGCUGCUGUCUCACAAAAGAGGCAAAAAAAGCAAACUCCAGGAGGCACAUCAGCACUUUGUACUUUUCUGCCCUAUCUGCUGAGCAGCUCCAGGUGCCAAAUGGCAGCAGCCACUCGCUCGUCCUUUCCCCUGCGUCAGAGGUCUGAUGGAGCUGCUGGGAAGUGAUUGCUCAGCAACUUCAGAGAAGUCAGGCAGUGAUUAACAAAGGCUUUUGGAGAUAGGAUGCGGGGAGGUUGGGCAGGAAAUCUGAAUGCAAGGCAAAUAUUCCCCCAUUUCCCCUCCGUUUACUGUAGUUCUGCAGCCGUGGCAGGUGGGCCAGGAGAUAGGCAGUGCCAGUUGCACAGAGGAGAACUACUGCUGCUUUUCCCCGUGGUUUUGUUUUCACUUGUUUGCUUGACCCAGUUUUUUUUUUUUAAUUCUAGCUGAAUAGAAAUGAUGUCUCAUUUGGUAUAAAGCUUGUGAGAAGUAGCUAAUAACAGGAGAAAAUGUGAUGCAAGGCCUCGUUGCUGACUGUUGGGAGGUGCCUGCUUUCAUGUGGUAAGCCCAUGGCAAAUGUCACCCAGAGCAAGAGGUAAAGGCUGAAACUUCUCCUCUCUGGUGCCAAUCUGUGCUCAGGGCAGCAGCGUGUCCCUUGUACAAGCUAGGGCUCCAACGCUGUCAUCCAGCUACAGAAAAUGAAAGGAUGAAUUCCCCGAGCAAAUGGGCAGUGGCUGCAUUGCUCUGGCCUUAGCUCUGCAAGUGAGACCUGCUGGCUCCUGCUUAAGUUACGUUCUCUAAUUCAUGCUGUCCUCAUUCCUCUGAGCCCAUCUGCUGGAUGGAGAUGAGUCAUUCGAUAAUGCUUUGAGUAGGUGAUUUGACAGGUGGCUCCCUAGAAAGCUGUCUCUGCAUAUGACGGCUCUUUCUUUGCGGUUCCUAUAUGAUAAGAUUACAACCUGAGGUCACUUUGAAGGCAUUUUGCUAGGGAAAGAGAGAAAGGGGAAAGGAAGAGGGCAGAGCAGAAGGCAGCAGGAGCACCUCUGCAUGCGUUUGCACAGGUUCAUCAAUGGUGCUUGGUCUCAGGAGGGAGUGGCUCUUCAUGUAAAAGAGAGGAACAGUAAAGGCAAGGAAGCCUAGCAAAACACUGAGGGCUGGAUACCAGAGUGAAAACACUUCUGUGAGCAGGGAGAUGGGAUGAGGUGAGUGGCAGGUGGUACUGUCAGGUCCGUAUGCCCAGAGAAGUGAGAUGAACAGCAGGGCUGAUGUUAGGAGCCAGCAGCAGUGUCUCGUGUGGAGGGGCCGGGGGGUGAGAGCUUCUCCUGCUGUCUGCCUUCCUCUGAUCUGCCCUUCUGCAGCCAAACCGAGUGUGAGAAAAGGUGGGGCGGUGUCUGUCGAGUCAUAUCCCGCUUCUGGUUUUGGUUCUGCUACUAACCUGUUCUUGACAGCAGGCAAAUCACUUCCUCUCAUUCUCUUUCCUCUUCUCUGCUUAGAGUGAUGACUUUUGGGGUGAGGAAGUCCAGCAGGUGUGAUGGAGCUGUGGCAAGACCAACAGAGCUGCUGUGGGGACUCUCAGCAUCCUUUGGCUGCUCAGAGCAUGGAGGCUUGCUAGGGAAUGUGCCUUCCUCCUUGUUACGAGAUGAUAAUUGUUCACCCCUUGUUCCACAGAAUAACACUGCUGUCUGUUUCCUUCUCUUUAAAGUAGGUCAGAAGUCGCCCAGAUUAGGAUGCACUUUGCUGUGGGUGUGCCGAUCACUGGGUAAACUGGGAUGUCUGCUACCUCUCCGCAGCACCAUUCCUUAAGACAGGAUGCCUUAUGUUUUCUAAGAAAGAGUUUGAAAGCCUCUGAGGAGGCAGAAUGUGAUCAAGGAUAAGAAGCAAAUGUGAACAGACAGACGCCAGAAAGAACUACAGGCUCACUGGGGAGAAAAGGUGUGUUUGCAGUGCCAGUGCUCCCAGUAGGCUGCUGCUGCCCUCCUGGCCCCCAGCUGAGGAUGCAGUGAGCAGCAGGGAACAGGGAUGGAGGAGAAGCGGUGUCUGCUGUCGGAUGAGCACCUUCCACUCUUGCCAUGCUCCCAAGGAUCAUGGUGGGAAGGUGACAGCUGUCACGAGAGCUUAGGGACAGCACGGGUACUUCCUAGGUGCUGGAGCAGAGUGUGUUUCAGGAAUACCUUUUGGGGUUCUCCAGCCCUGCUGCUGUCAGAUCCCACAACAGGAGAGUGCCAGCACUGUGGUUGAGGGAUUAGACCCACGUGCUGCCCAACUGUUCUAAAUAUACAUGCAGCAGCAGUGAGCCGUGUUGGCUGCGUGGAGCCGUGAGCACCCCGCUGCCUCCUCCUUUGUGAUGAUGAAGCUCUUAGUGAAGACAACCAAAAAUUACACUUAAUUCCAGGGAGCUGUGCCUUACUGAGCUAUUGCAGUGGCAGUGGCUUUAUUUAGCUCCCACGGGCACAGCUCACAGCACUGUGCUGUUGUGCACAGCCGAAACUGCUCACCAGCAAUCCCAGCACUUACAGCUGUGUUUUCCUUAACUACAUCUCUCUACCAGGUUUUUGUGUUGCACUGAAGCCCCUUUCAUCUGGGAUUCAAAACACGUACAGCACCUUUUGGGUUGGUCUGUGGGCUGUUUUCUUUUUUUUUUUUCCACUGAUCUUGCUCUUUUCUAACACAGGCAAGCAGGCAGAGCUCCUCGUCUGUUUGCUUGUCUGUGGUUUUCAUUUCUCAAAAGGGCACUUUCUGCUGAGGCAUGACGCUGGGAGGGUGGCAGGGAGGAGGGAAAAGGCUUUGGCACGUCAGUAUUGGGAAGGAUAAUGUUUUCAUUAUAGUGUGGGCAACUGCUUUGAAUGCAGUGAUUGCAUAUGUUUGAUAUGUUAUAAAUAGCACUGGCUGUUUGCUAAGGGGGAAAAAAAAUGCAAGUUUUAAAAGGAAAAAUCGGCUUUUUUCACUCUUGGUGCAUUGUGCUUGUUUGAGGAAGUUACGUCCUACAGUUGACUACCUUAAUUUCCCAAUUGAGAAUACUUGAAGGUUGAAGAGCAGUGUGUCACGCUGGGAUGUGUGAGGUCCCCAUGGGGAAGUUGCUUGUUGGCACAGCACUGACUUCAGCCUCCGGUAUCCACAGGCUGGGCAGCCAAAGACUUGCUCACCUUUAGGGCCAGUGCUGCACAUCUGCCCUCUGCAGGAUCUUGAGAUGGAAGGGCUUCACCAGCACUCCUCAGCUGCAGAAGGUUUGGAUGGUGACAUCUUCCCACUUGGCUUUGGCUCUGUUUUCAGCUGGUCAGCGAAAAGGUUGGAGGGGCAGAAGGGACCAAACUUGACGAUGACUUCAAGGAAAUGGAAAAGAAAGUGGAUUUGACCAGCAAGGCAGUUACAGAAGUAUUGACCAGAACAAUAGAAUACCUGCAGCCAAACCCAGCUUCCAGAGCCAAGCUAACCAUGCUGAACACGAUGUCGAAGAUCCGCGGGCAGGUGAAGAACCCUGGCUACCCACAGUCAGAAGGGCUGCUGGGGGAGAGCAUGAUCCGCUAUGGCAAGGAGCUGGGCGAGGACUCCAACUUUGGCGACGCGCUGCUUGAUGCUGGGGAAUCUAUGAAGCGGUUGGCUGAAGUGAAGGACUCGCUGGAUAUUGAAGUCAAACAAAAUUUUAUUGAUCCCCUCCAGAACCUGUGUGACAAAGACCUGAAAGAGAUCCAGCACCAUCUCAAGAAGCUGGAAGGCAGACGCUUGGACUUUGAUUACAAGAAGAAGCGACAGGGAAAAAUCCCUGAUGAGGAACUCCGACAGGCCAUGGAGAAAUUUGAAGAGUCCAAGGAAGUAGCAGAGACCAGUAUGCACAACCUCCUAGAAACUGAUAUCGAGCAGGUGAGCCAGCUGUCGGCCCUGGUGGAUGCUCAGCUGGACUACCACAGGCAGGCAGUGCAGAUCCUGGAUGAACUUGCAGAAAAACUCAAACGCAGAAUGAGGGAGGCAUCCUCACGUCCCAGGCGGGAAUACAAGCCCAAACCCAGGGAGACGUAUGACUUUGGAGAGAGUGACCAAUCUAACGGGGGCUUCUCUUGUACUCCUACCCCUAAAGUCUCAGCUUCCUCCUCUUUCCGAUCCGACAAGCCGUUCCGGACCUCCGUCAGGAGUAUCCCUCACCUGGACCAGCCCUGCUGCAAGGCACUCUAUGACUUCGAACCCGAGAACGAUGGUGAGCUGGGCUUCAAGGAGGGUGACAUCAUCACCCUGACCAACCAGAUCGAUGAAAACUGGUACGAGGGCAUGAUCAAUGGCCAGUCAGGCUUCUUCCCGCUCAACUACGUGGAAGUGCUGGUUCCACUACCUCAGUGAAUUGGCAUCUCUCCCCGUUCCUCUCCACUCGUGCCCCCACACAGCCCAGGGCCGAGCCUGCAUUCCACGUUUGUCCUGACAGUAGCCCUCUAGUGGGGCGGGGAGAGAAGACACGGCCAUUUCCUGUAUCAUCUCGGGGUGAGUUUGCCACCAGGGAACAAGCCAGAAGGGUCAAACAGCCCUAUCCUGGAGAAUAUGUUUUGUCUUUUUUUGUUGUUUUGUUUUGUCCUUCUGGUGCUUGAACUUAGGUACUUUAUGAAUCCUGCCAGGUUCUUCCCAGUCUGUAUGUUCAAACUGGGUCAUGGGCCUCUCCCUGUCCAGUUUUUGUCUUUCCUUUGGUCCAGUGUCCAUAUGAACCAGGUUGGCUGUGCUGGAGAGCCGGGGCGCAUGACUGAGUGUUACCCCAGGUCACCUGGGGCUGAGCAGCCCUGAGCCUCGUGGAGGGCUGAAAGCUUUGCCCCUACUUCAGCCAUGGUGUGGGCAUCUGCCCCUGAACACUACCCACCUCCCCUCAGCCCACAGCCCCCGCUCAUGCUGACACCCAACUGCUGUGGGAAGGGACUCAGCUUCCUCAGCACCCCAGAGCCGGGGCUCAGUGGAGGAAGCACGGGGCAGAGCAACACUAUGACACAGAUGGAACACUACACCAGGUCAUGGCAGUGCUGAGCCCUGCCUGGAGCUCUGUGCUGUCCUUCCCCCGCCUUGGAGAGGGGCAGAGAUGUCUGAUGCAUGGUGCUGGUUCUCUGCCCCCUCUCUGUGGCGCAGCACUGUUCAAUUCCUUUCUGCCCUGGAAGUGUUUUUAAGUUGGGCUGCUUCUGAAGUUUGGGCUUUUCCUGCUGCAGCCUCUACCUGCAGAACUGGGGGUGACUCAAGGGGCGGUUGGGCUGCAGCCCAGGGUCUGCCCGUAGAAUAUCCCAAGUUGGAAUGGACCCAUAAUGAUCGUCGAGUCCAACUCUUGGCUCCAGACAAGGGGGGCAGAUGAUGGCUCUGCCCAGGGCGAGGCAGAGCAGAUUGCAGCGUGGUCCCAUACAAGAUCCUCUCACCUGCUAGCUCUGUGCUUGUUCUCCCCAUCAGCGCCCCACAAGGCAGAGCUGCAGUCCCUCUGCUUGCUCCUUGGGGCUGCUUGCUUUGGACCAGGUUAACCCUCAUGUGCCUUUCCUGCUGCCCCUGCUCUGCCCCCCCAUCGCCCUCUGCACCCAUUGGGAGAAGCUGCUCCCUGGGCUCUGUGACCCUCAGCUUCUGCUCCCUGCAAACGCAUUCGGUGGAAAAGGCAUCUUAUGUCUCUGCACCCCUUCUGCCCUGCUCCUGGCUGCCCUGGCUGCUCCCAGCCACUUUCCCCGUACACGUUUUGGAAUGGGGCUGGGAGCUACAGUGCUCAGCAUGUCCCCAGCUCCUUGGGGAGAGAGCAUGGCACUGCCUUCUGCACCCACAGCUCCUGAGCUCCAUUCCUCGCUUUUCCAGCGUUGAUAGAAAAAUGGUUUCCCUGCUCUGGGGGCCUGGCACCUCUGCUGUAGUGUUUGGCAGGGCUCUGGCACUGCAUUUCUUGACCAGCACCCUCCUGGCCACGCGUGCAAGCCUUAGCUCCCUGCCAGCCCCACGCUGCAGCUGCUCCAUCUCCUGUUACAUUUACACAGAACCUUUUUAAUGUUUUUAACCACGCAUGUCGAUGUACGUCUGGUCCCCUGCCACACUGCGGGCUGACCCUCGUCUGGCACCUCUGCCUGACCCUCCCUCCUGGUGCAGGAUGUGGGAGCACACGUGGUUUUCUCCCCCAACUCCCAGCGGUGAAGGGGGCCGAAGGGACUGAUGGCCUCAGUGCCCUGUCCCUACCCCACUGGGGGCUGCAGCCAUGGCCCAGGGCUGCUGGCUCCUGCUCAGGUGGAUCGAGAUGAGUCUGUCAGCUGGGACAACCUGCAAGACCUUUUUUUGUAAUGGUUUGUAAAGGGGAAAAAAAAAAAAGACCCACAAAUCUCAACUUGUAUCUCUGAAUAAAAGUAUUAAAUGUUUUCUUCUUUCUAA